AUGGGAGGCCUUAUGAAUGCCGUGCAUUAUGCGACAUCGGAUCUCAGAACUCCGGGGCAGAUCCGAGUAGAAGGUAUAGGCGCCAAUGCAGCCACUUACACAAAGGGCUCCACAACUGUGCGAUUGAGAUCCCUCACUGAUGAGGCUUUCUCGACGCAAUUUGAAGUCUACAUCCUACCAACGAUUACGACUAUGACACCAGUAUGCAAGGUCGACUCCUCCGCCUGGGAUCACCUUUCUGGACUCCAGCUUGCCGAUCCAACAUUUGGUACUCCAGCCAAAAUUGAUUUACUUAUUGGCGCAGAUAUUUGGCCCGCUUUAAUUGCCGAUGGGAUUGCUGCGGGACUCCAUAACGAACCGUGCGCGCUCUGUACUCGCCGCGGUUGGGUUGCGUUUGGCCCCGCGAUGGUCAGCGCUCCAAAUCAUUUGACGCAUACUCUAACUGUCAGCAAAUGUAUAGGCGAUCAGCAACUGGACAAACUACUGCAGAGGUUCUGGCAGGUUGAGGACAAUGGUCCUAUCGACGAACUCUCGGUAGACUCUUGUGAACGGAUUUUCAUUGACACUGUACGUCACACAGCGAGUGGACGCUAUAGUGUACAAAUCCCGUUUCUUCCGAAUGCUCCAAUGUUCGGAGAUUCCUAUCAAGCAGCGCGUCGUCAGUUUUUCCAUCUUGAGCGAAAAUUAGCUGGCGACCCUGAGCUUCGCAACAAAUACAUCACGUUUAUGCAAGAGUACAUAGCACUCGGUCACAUGAAUCCCGUGACAGACGAUUGCUUCGACCCGACGCAAUGCUAUUACAUACCCCAUCAUGCGGUAACAGCGGAGUGUCAUUAA